GGAAGAGCCGCUGCGAUCCCCCUCCCCUUGGGUCUGCUUCUGCUGCCCUUUUCCAGCACAUCCGUUGCCUAGGCUCCCCCGGCUCUGCCUAGGGAGGGUGUGCUGCUAGCAACCAUCUGCGAGGCAAGAGGAUGCAGGAACAAAAGAAGAAGCAAGAUGGGACCGUGCUUGGCGGCGGCCGUGGGUUGCCACAGCUCCUGGGCCCUCAGCCCCAGAGCCCACCCGCUCCGUCUCACUGGAAUCUCGGACGCUGCCAGCGCCGGCGAGGAGCCCUGCCACAGACAGAGUAGUGCUCGUACCUGGGCGCGCGUUUCCACCCGCGCGCGGCACCCUGCCCAGCCCGAACUAGGGCUGCUCCCCCCGUUUCGAAAUAUUCAGCACCCAGCCCAGAGAGGGAGAGAGAGGGAGGCACCCACCGAGAAGGCGGCCUAAAGUGAACGGUCCCCUGCUGCCUACCUACGGGAUAGGCGACCCCGACUCGGCAGCGGGUGGGGGCAGGCCAGGCAAAGGCGAGCCGUCCUCUUUCCGUUUUCCCACCCUUGCCUCUGCUCUCACAUCCCCUGCUCGGAUGGAGAAGGGAGCGAGUUUUGGGAUCUUCAUGCACACUCGAUUUAAGUCACUCCCAUGCCCGGCCGACCUGCCUUUCGUCCGUCCUCUUUUCCCUCCUCCUCCCCCAUCUCUUCCAAGCUGUAGUUGUUGUUGCUACCCGGACACUCAUUCGGUUUAGUAUCCUUCUCGCCGUCCUUCAUUUAUAAUUUCGAUUCUCCACGAGCAGGCACUCGCCAUCCAGAUACGAUAUCCCGCCGCAAACCCACGAGCCCUACUGUUUACAGUUUUUGGAAGAAGCAUCACCAAUAAAAAGGAGGCAGGACACUCUCGAAAUCGGCUCGAUCGUCGAUUUCAUAAUCCUCCGGACAAAAAAAAAACAGAACCGAAGAAACACAUACAGCCAAGAUGAAGUUCUCUUCAGCAUUCGCUCUGGGCUUUGCCACCCAGGUCCUGGCCAAGGCCGCCCACAACGUCUACCCGGUCAAGGCCCGUGAGGUCAAGCGUGACGGACAUCUCAAGUCCCAGAUGAUUCCCAUGGCCGAGCUGCCCAACGGCGCUGCUGAGCUUAUCAAGCUCGGCAUGUCUGGUGCCGGUCUCACGGCCGGUGGUGCCACCAAGACCGAUGUCAUCAUCAUCUGGGUCAACGGCGGUGGCGGUGUCGCGACCACCAGGAUCAACGAGCAGUCGACUGUCACCGUGACCAAAACGGUCGGAGGAGGUGGUGGUGGUGGUACGGCGCCGCCGCCUGCUGCCACCCCGCCUGCGCCUCCCACUGAGGGCGGUGCCGUCGCGCCGCCGCCGCCGGCCGCCGCACCCCCCGGUGCCCAAGCUACUCACCAGGUUACCGUCGGUGGCCCCAAGGGUCUGUCUUUCGAGCCCCAGGAGCUCAAGGCCGCCAUCGGCGACAUGGUUGUCUUCACCUUCCUGAGCCAGAACCACACCGCUACCCAGUCUGCCUUCGACACCCCUUGCGACCCCCUUGCUGGUGGCAUGGACUCUGGCUUCCAGACCAACGCCAACAACACCAUGAACCCGCCUCCCCAGGUUGCGAUGCAGGUCAUGGUUGAGACCCCGCUUUGGUUCUUCUGCCGCCAGGGCAACCACUGCGGUAACGGCAUGGUCUUCUCCAUCAACCCCACCGCCGCCAAGACCCACGCCAACUUCCAGUCUCUGGCCAUCAAGCAGAAGGGCAAGGGCAAGAACACUGCCAUCACCGGCGGCGCUGCUGCUCCCGGUGCUGGUGCCGCCGCUCCCCCGCCCGCCGCUGCUCCCGCCGCCGGCGCUGGCUCCGCACUUCCUCCCGCGCCCGCCGCCGGUGCUGUCGCCGGCAGCGGUCCUCAGCGCGGCGCCGGCCAGACGCUCCCUGACGGCUCGUGCCAGUGCACCGUCAUCUGCGGUGCCGGUUCCUUCCCUGCCGUCGCCGCCCAAGGCCUGGGCGCUUUCGGUGGCAUGCCUGGCUCCGUACCUGCUGCCAUGAUGGGUAUUUAAGACCAAUACGGCUUUUACAACUCCUUUUGUAUUGAUGAAUGACCACAUUUAUGGCACGCGGGGUCUCGGAGGGCGAGUUUAUACCUUGUUUAUCUUGAAUGUUGUACUAGACUCACCAUACCAUAACGCCUUUUUUUCUUCGCUUCCCUUGGGGCUCCAAGAGAACCAAAAAUACCCUUUUGGCUAGAUGUUUUUUUUUUUUCUGUUUUCAUUUCCUCCCUUCUUCUUCCGCAAACCACACUCUUCUUUUGGGUAAUGGGGCGAGGAACUCCUAAACACACCCGAAGGGUUCGUAUCCCUGGAUGACCUUAAUAAAUGAAUACUUUCUUUGUGUUAAAACCAAAAAAUAAAAACAUAAAAAAGAGAUGUUGGCUGGUUUCAACUAAACAGCUGUUCUUUUCCCCCUUGCUAUAGCAGGCGUGGAACCCAAUAUGUGC